CAGGUAAGAGCAAUUUGUGCCAGAAAGAAUAGGUCUGUAGUCUCUGGUCUCUGGUUCAUGGCUUCAAAGCUAGCGAAAUUAAUGGAAGACUUCUGAAGGAUCUCCCUUUGAUCUGUGUCUUUCUUCUCUUUGAUCUUACUUUGUGUCAUAUUCUCAAUUUUUUUCCUGUUUCUGUUCAAUUUUAUCCAUUUCAUCUCGACGUUCUUGCGGGGUUCUCAGAGGUUCUUCGUCUUUGUUCUAAUGGCGGCAUAGGUGUUUUCAAACAGGAAUCUCUUAAUUGAACUAUUUUCCUCAUCUGGGCUUCUUGUUGUAGCUUUCAAUUUGUAAAAAAAAAAAAAAAAAAUUAGGGUUUCUUUUGUUGUUCAAUUUGGUGCCCUAAAUGGGGCCGAUGGAAGAAUCGACGGAGGUGGUGGAUCAAUUGGUUGAGCUUAUCAGGGAGAUGCAUGAAUUUCCCGAAUGCCGUAAUACAUCAAAGAAGAUGUACAAUAAUUUCGUGAGGAGAGUGAAGCUGCUAAGCCCGCUUUUUGAGGAGCUGCAGGAUAGUGAGGCGUCCCUUGGAGAGGAAGAAAUUCGAGCUCUUGUGUCGCUCAAGGUUGUUUUGGAUUCUGCUAAGGAGCUUCUUCGAUCGGUCAAUGACGGGAGCAAAGUCUAUCAGGCUUUGAGGAGCGAUAAGAUUGCAGGUGAAUUCCACAAGGUGACAGAAAAAAUUGAGAUAGAAUUGAGCAAAUUUUCCUAUGACAAAUUUGAUUUAUCAGAGGAAGUUCUAGAACAGAUUGAACUAGUGCACGCUCAAUUCAAGAGGGCAAAAGAUAGAAUGGAUACUCCUGAUUUACAACUGCACUUUGAUUUGUCCACGGCACUAAAAGAUAAAGAUCCUGAUCCAGCCAUUCUAAGAAGGCUCUCAGAAAAGCUACAGCUCAGGACUAUCAACGACCUCAAGAGGGAAUCAUUUGCUCUGCAUGAAAUGGUUAUAUCCAGUGGUGAAGAUCCAGGGGACUUGCUUGAGGAAAUGUCACUUUUGCUCAAGAAGGUAAAGGACUAUGUAUUUAUGGGGUACCCAGAAGCAGACGCCUCUGAGAGUGAAAAGAGCUCGGUGAGACAUGGAUCUCCUGUGAUCCCAGAUGAUUUCCGGUGCCCAAUAUCUCUUGAAUUGAUGAAAGACCCCGUCAUCGUCUCCACUGGACAGACUUAUGAGCGGUCCUGCAUUCAGAAAUGGCUGGAUGCUGGGCACAAGACUUGUCCAAAGACACAGCAGACGCUGGUCCACACAGCCCUCACGCCAAACUAUGUCUUGAAGAGUCUCAUUGCACAAUGGUGUGAGAACAACGGUGUUGAGCUACCCAGGAAACAAGGGAGUUCUAGAAAUAAGAAGUCAGGAAGCUGUGUUUCAGACUCUGAUAGAACUGCUAUUGAUGUCUUGCUACACAAAUUGACGAACAGGAAUAUAGAGGAACAGAGAGCAGCUGCUGGUGAGCUUCGGCUUUUGGCAAAGAGGAAUGCAGAUAACAGAGUAUGUAUUGCGGAGGCAGGAGCCAUUCCCCUUCUUGCAGCAUUACUAUCCUCCCCUGAUCCUAGGACGCAGGAGCAUGCAGUCACAGCGCUUCUCAACCUUUCCAUAAAUGAGGCCAACAAGGGAAGCAUUGUAAAUGCUGGAGCAAUACCUGCUAUAGUGGAUGUGCUCAAAAAUGGAAGCAUGGAAGCAAGGGAAAAUGCUGCUGCCACACUUUUCAGUCUUUCUGUGAUAGACGAGAACAAGGUUGCAAUAGGUGCUGCAGGGGCUAUUCCAGUUCUUGUCGAUUUGCUCUGCCAAGGAAGCCCAAGAGGCAAGAAAGAUGCUGCCACCGCAAUUUUUAACCUCUCAUUAUAUCAGGGAAAUAAGGUGAAGGCAGUGAGGGCAGGGAUCGUAGCACCACUGAUGAGACUGCUGACAGAUGCUGGUGGUGGGAUGGUGGAUGAGGCACUCGCUAUACUAGCCAUCCUUUCUAGUCAUCAUGAAGGGAAAGUAGCAAUUGGUCAGGAAGAACCAAUCCCAGUUUUAGUGGAGGUGAUGAGGACUGGUUCCCCACGCAACCGAGAGAAUGCUGCUGCUGUUUUGUGGUCUCUCUGCACUGGUGACAUGCAGCAUGUCGAAACUGCAAGGGAGCAUGGGGCAGAAGAGGUACUUAAGGGACUGGCAGAGAAUGGCACUGACAGGGGCAAACGAAAAGCUGGAAAUCUUCUGGAGCUCCUGCAUCGCACAAUUGAUGCAACCACUUCAACAUGAAAUUUUUUGUAACGAGGACACAGCUUUAUGAAAUUCUAAUGUUUUGCAAGGUGAUUCAUAUACAAAGGGAUGUAUAGAGAUGAAUGAUAAGUGUAAGGUUGUAGAGUGUGUUGUUAUAAUGUUGUUUCUAGGCAGGUAGAUACAUCUUUGGGCAAGUAAAAUGACAUAUCUUAUUAUUUCAAAA